AUGAAUUCUUGUAAAGCUGAUUAUCACGGGCUUAAACUAAGUAAAGCGGAUUUUGACAAAUGUGUUCAACAGUGUGGUAAUCAGUAUGAAGAAUGCUCAAAAGCUAUACGUUCGUUAUGGAGAAAUUUUCCAAAGAAUAGAAAACAAAUUAUGAAAGUUAUGAACAGUUGUUGUUUACGUGGACAAGCUGAUCAUUCACAACCUCCAACACUGAGUUUUGCAACUUGUGUUCGCGACAGAUGCGGUGCAGAAUUAUGGGGAUGUAACAUUAAGAAACGUCAUACUGGCUUUUUGACGGAAGAAGAAAUAAAAUACAUCAAACAGAAAGAAAAGAAAGGUGCAUGA